GAAUGGAAUUGGUCAGCUCUACUCCUUACUCGGUUUUCUAGUUCGAUAUGAAAACACGUUGCCCAGGCAACAAAUGCCAAACAAAUUUACAUUGCAGUCGUGAAUAUCGAACAAAGGACUUUUACUUCAGAAUACCGACAUGGAUAACUGGAAGAUAACCGCGGAGGAGCUUGUUCGUCUGCGGGAAACCUGCUUGCAGUGCAUCCGCGAUGGAGAACUCUAUGAGCUGCGCAACGAUGCCAAACUUAGGGCUGUUUAUAACACCCAUAGCUACGACGAAUUCAAGAACAUAGUGGAUGCGGCCCAUCUUCGCCCAGUGACCAAGAGCGACAAGGCCAAUUUUCAGACGAAGAACCGACUAUGGAACUCGGCGGCCCGGGAUUAAUUUGUUAAUUGGGCAAUAAAGUUAUAAGACAAAGGUUAUAGUCAAAA